CCGCGGGGCUGCGGGAGGCGGCGGGGCCGGGGGGGCCCCGGGACGGCCCCGGGAUGUCCCAAAGCCGGGGCCAGCCGGGGCCUGCUGCCGUCGGCCCGCUGCGCUCGGAGCGGCCCUCCUUCCCCGCGGGAGCCGCUGGCUGCGGGGCCUGCGGCGGGGCCGGCCCCGGUACCGUACUGGGAGGCUCGGCGCCUUCCCUGCUCCGGGAUGUGCCAGUCUCUCCAGCGUGGCCGUGCUGGCAGGAUGCUGCUCCCCCUGCUCUUCCCCCAGCUGUGCCGGCCCCUCCGCUGCCUCCUGCGGGACCUGUCCCGCUGCACACGGGAUGGGAGGAGGGCUGGCUGUCCCCACAGGGCCCUGCACACAGCCUGGGCCACCUGCAGCAGCGACAUCACCCCUGUGUUCACCAGGGCCCUGGCUUUUGGGGACAAAGUGGCCAUCGUUGACCAGAACGGGGAGCACACGUACAGGGAGCUGCUGAGCCGGAGCCUCCGCCUGUCCCAGGAGAUCUGCAGGCUCCUGCAGUGCCCCAGCAGGGACCUGAAGGAAGAGAGGAUCUCGUUUCUGUGCCCCAACGAUGCCUCCUACGUGGUGGCCCAGUGGGCUUCGUGGAUGAGCGGGGCCAUAGCGGUGCCCCUGUACAGGAAGCACCCGCUGCCCGAGCUGGAGUACGUGAUCCAGGACUCCCAGAGCGCCCUGCUCAUCGCCGCCGACGAGUUCCUGGGCAAAAUAACCCCCAGUGCCCAGAAAGUGGGAGUCCCUGUGCUGCCACUCCCCAGGCCUGGUGGUGGUGGUGGAUCCACGAGCCCUGCAGCCACGGAGGAGGGGCCCUUGCCAAGCUGUUCCUCGUGGAAGGACAGAGGAGCCAUGAUCAUCUACACCAGCGGGACCACGGGGAGGCCCAAGGGUGUCCUCAGCACCCACGAGAACGUGCAGGCUGUGACCACGGGGCUGGUUGAGAAGUGGGAGUGGAAGAAGGAGGAUGUGAUCCUGCAUGUGCUGCCUCUGCACCACGUCCACGGGGUGAUCAACAAGCUGCUGUGCCCGCUGUGGGUGGGAGCCACGUGCGUCAUGUUCCCGGAAUUCAGCGCGCACGCGGUGUGGAAGAAGCUCCUGAGCUCCCAAGCUCCCCGAGUCAAUGUGUUCAUGGCAGUGCCCACCAUCUAUGCCAAGCUGAUGGAAUAUUACGACGAGCAUUUCACCCAGCCCCAGGUGCAGGACUUCGUGCGUGCCUUUUGCCAGGAGAACAUCAGGUUAAUGGUGUCAGGCUCAGCAGCCCUGCCUGUGCCUGUCCUGGAGAAGUGGAAGAGCAUCACGGGGCACACCUUGCUGGAGAGGUACGGGAUGACUGAGAUUGGGAUGGCGCUUUCUAACCCUUUGCAUGGAGCCCGUGUCCCAGGUUCCGUGGGCACCCCGCUGCCCGGCGUGGCAGUGCGCAUCGCCAGCGAGACGCUAAGGGACGGCGCUCGGUGCUACACCAUCCACGCCCAGGGCGAUGAGAACUGCACUCAGGUGCUUAUUCCCAGUGCUUUGGAACAUCAGAAGCACCUGGAUGAGCCCUUCCACCUGAGGAGAGAAGUCCUGCAGGUGACCCCGGGCCUGGAGGGACAGGAGGGGGAGCUGCUGGUGAAGGGCCCCUCGGUGUUCCGUGAGUACUGGAACAGACCCAAGGAGACGGCGGAUGCCUUCACGGCCGACGGAUGGUUCCGAACAGGAGACACAGCAGCAUACAAGGAUGGAGUGUACUGGAUCAAGGGCCGCACCUCCGUGGACAUCAUCAAGAACGGGGGGUUCAAAGUCAGCGCGCUGGAGGUGGAGCGUCAGCUCCUGGCACACCCCCACAUCACAGACGUGGCGGUGAUCGGGCCCCCGGACGCGGUGUGGGGCCAGCGGGUCAGCGCCGUGGUGAGGCUGCGCCGGGGGGAGAUGCUCUCCGUCAGGGACCUCAAGGACUGGGCCAGGGACACCAUGGCUCCCUAUGCCAUCCCGACGGAGCUGAUCGUGGUGGAGGAGAUCCCGCGCAACCAGAUGGGCAAAGUCAACAAGAAGGAGCUUCUGAAGCGUUUUUACCCAGCCUAGUGCCCCCUGGGGGGGCUUGGCCCUGAUCCACGGCCGUUCUGCCCCUGAGGAGGAGCCAAGGGAUCAUCCCUGGCAGCUCUGCGCUCACUGCAGCCUCGUCCUUGAAUAAUGCCCAAUAAAAGUAGGAUUUGUCCCUCCUGGCUGAGCUGAGCCAGAGCUGCAGAGUUAGGGUGUCCUUGUGGGGAGCCC